GACCUUGGAGGAAAUUCAAGAAACAAAUGAAAUUGAAUUUAUUCUGUAAAUAACAACGGCGAAAAUGUUAAUCAGCCGGUUGUUGAAUUAAUAAGUGUACUAGAGGCACCCGUAACAGACAGAUAAUGUGAAGCCCAUCACCACCACGGACAGUGGUGAUUGUGGAUCCUAGAUCAUAACGCGGUGGCUGUGACACUGAGCAGGUGUCUUGGUAGAAGUUGGAGGAGCAAGCAGUGACCUAUCGGAUUGACAGGAUGGAGUCGGCAGCUGCAAUGGCUGCUUCAACGAAUGCAUCCAUUCUCAAGAUACAGGCGGCCUUAGCUCUGGUGGCGUCUCUCUACGUCACAUCGUAUCUCUUUCCAGAACAGGCUGAGGUUCAAGAUUUAGAGGAAUACGACUUCAUAAUAUGUGGCGCGGGAUCUGCGGGUAGCGUGCUGGCGAACCGUCUCAGCGAGAGCGGACUGCAUAGCGUGCUGGUCAUCGACGCAGGAGGAGACCCACCCAUAGAAUCUCUAAAACCAGGCCUAUUUUCAUAUUUGCCACAUACACAGUACGACUUCAACUUUACUUCCGAGAAGAAUGAAAUCAUGUAUGAGGGUCACAAAAUUAAGGCGUUAAAUCUAACGAGUGGGCAUGUUCUGGGCGGCGGCAGCUCUGUCAACUACAUGCUGUACGUGCGAGGCUGCAGAGGAGACUAUUCAUACUGGGCUGAUGCGGCUAAUGAUGAUACCUGGUCCUGGUCAGGAGUCUAUCCUUACUUUAUUAAAAGCGAAAAACUCGAUGAUGGUGCGAUCCUAAGAUCAUCUUAUCAUAUAUACCAUGGCACCGAAGGUCAUACAAAAGUCUCUAGAGAAAACAAUCAUGAUAUCUAUAAAUACAUCAAAAGUUUUAAAGAAGUAGGUAAACAAGAAAAUUUCGAUGUAAAUGGGCCAUGUAGUCUUGGAUAUACACCAACCUUAUUUACAAUAGGAGACGGAACGAGACAGACAACAGCCUUAACAAACUUAGGAGCAAACAAAUAUCGUGCCAAUUUAUUCGUUCGAAAGCACACACUGGUAACUAAAAUUAUUAUAGAUGAUGAUAACGUAGCAAGAGGUGUGGAAGUGCAAACUGAGGAUAAGAAGACGAUAACACUUAGAGCUCGGAGAGAAGUGAUUUUAUCGACCGGAACCAUCAACACUGCAAAACUCCUGAUGCUCUCUGGCAUUGGUCCUAAGGAACAUCUCGAAUCAUUUAAAAUAAAAGUAAAACAAGACCUGCCCGUAGGACAAAACUAUCAUGAUCACACUAUUGUAAGCUCCACAAUUAGAACAGAAAAGACAGACGCGCCAACGCCACCAAUGAAGGUUAACGAAUUUCCAUUGACCACAUUUAGCGGCUAUGUUUCUUUAGAUGAUGAUGAGUGUGCGCAGUAUCAAACAGUAAACUUUUUAGUUCCCAAUGGUUCCCCUGCGCCGUUCGAACUUUGUACAUUUAAUUUUGGUUUAGAAGACUUUAUUUGCAAAAACUUAUACGAUGCUGGGGUGGGAUCGAACACCAUGUAUAGCAAUAUAAAUCUCUUACAUCCCAAAUCACGAGGUUUUGUCAAACUGCGUAGCACUGACCCAUUGGUCGCUCCGAUCAUAGAAGCUAGAACAUUCUCAAACUCUGAAGAUCUGGACAGCCUCGCCGCGUACAUGGCGGACUUUGUGGACGUGCUCAAAUCCUCAUAUUUCAAAAGUAUCGGUGCAGAGUUUGUAGACAUUUCGUAUCCCAGAUGCAAGGAGUUCAAGUGGAACAGUACGCAGUUCUGGCGAUGCUACGUGCUUCAGAUGUCCACCACGAUGUAUCACUACGCGGGCACGUGCUCGCUGGGCUCCGUAGUAGACAGCCGGUUGCGGGUAAUGGGCGUGGAUCGUCUACGAGUCGUGGACGCCAGCAUCAUCCCGCGGUUGCCGGGCGCUAAUAUCAAUGCUCCCGUCAUCAUGAUCGCUGAGAAGGCUGCUGACUUUAUAAGAACUCAACACGAGGCAACAUACUACCAAGAUUAUUAGCAGCCUAAAUUUGAUAAAUUGAACAUUAUAAGUAAAACAUAUUUAAAAGCCUUCUUUUCUAAUUCUUAAUAUAGUAAAGUUAAAAAAAGAUUUUUGUUUCAUUAAUCACAAGAUACAUUCAAUUGUUUGCGUGGAGAGAUACCUAGAGAAUUAACAUUUGACUACC